GAAGAGGUAACAUGGCUACCUCAAAGGCUCCCGAAGAGAGGCUGAAGAAAUAUAAGUCCCAAGGCAAAGAAAUGUCUUUGCAGCGACAACAGAGGAUUGCUUCCAGCCUACAACUCCGGAAGACCAGAAAAGAUGAGCAGGCACUAAAGGGAAGAAAUAUUGGUUCAUUCUCCAGUGAUGUGGUUUCUCAAGCACCAGUCAAAGAGUUUUCCUGGCAGGCCAACUUCACUGUGGAUGACAUCAUCCAAGGGGUGAAUAGUUCAGACACCAUCCUGUGUUUCCGGGCCACCCAGGCUGCCAGGGAAAUGCUAUCUCAGGAAAAUAACCCUCCUCUAAAUUUGAUUAUUGAGGCAGGGAUCAUUCCCAAGCUGGUGGACUUCCUGGAGGCGACACCUUACCCUAAGCUGCAGUUAGAGGCAGCAUGGGUGCUCACCAUCAUUGCCUCGGGAACUUCAGAGCAGACUGGAGCUGUUGUGAAAGGGGGUGCCAUUCAGCCACUGAUCGAACUCCUCCAUUCCCCACACCUAACCGUGUCUGAGCAGGCAGUGUGUGCCCUCGGGAACAUUGCUGGUGACUGUGCAGAAUUCAGAGACGAUGUUAUUUCCAAUAAUGCCAUCCCGCACCUGAUCAACCUCAUUUCAAAAAACAUACCAAUCACACUUCUCCGGAACAUCACAUGGACUUUGUCCAAGUUAUGCCAAAACAAAGAUUCAUAUCCUUGUGAGGACGCCGUGAGGCAGAUGCUACCUACCCUCUGUGAGCUCCUGCUGCAUCAUGAUAAUGAGAUCCUCACAGAUACCUGCUGGGCCCUGUCCUACCUGACGGAGGGCGGCAAAGAGUACAUCCAUCAUGUGGUGACCACUGGCAUCCUGCCCAGGCUUGUAGAGCUUAUGACCGUCUUGGAACUCAGUGUCUUGAUCCCUUGUCUCUACACUAUGGGCAAUAUUGUCGCGGGAACAGAUGAACAGACCCAAAUGGCCAUUGAUGCUGGCAUGCUGAAGGUGUUGGGCCAGGUCCUGAAGCACCCAAGCUCUUCCAUCCAGGUGCUGGCUGCCUGGACAAUGAGCAACCUGGCCACUGGGCCCAGACACCAGGUCGAGCAACUGAUUUCGUGUAACUUGCUGCCUGCCUUGGUAGACCUACUCAGGAAUGCAGAAUUGAAAGUCCAGAAAGAGGUUGUGUACACCGUGGCUAACAUUGCAACACAGGCUUCUCAGUGCCAGCUGACUCUGCUUGCCCACUCAGGCAUCUUAGAGCCAAUGCUGAGUCUGCUCACUGCCCCAGACAUGGAGGUUGUCAUCGUUGUCCUUGACGUCAUUUCUUAUCUCCUCCAGCAGAUAGACAAUCUACAGGAGAAGAAAAGGCUGUGUUUUCAGAUAGAGGAAGUUGCUGGCUUUGAAAAAAUUGAGUCCUUACUGCACCACCACAACACUUUGAUCAGCAAUAGUGCCUUGGACAUCAUGGAGAAAUAUUUAUGUGAGGACGAAGAUGUUGACAGUUUGCCGGGGACUGGGCUGAAAGAGUGAAUACGUGGAGAACUAAGACAUCUCACACACCGGAUUCCCAUGAAGACCCAUGUUUGAUCAAUGGCAUACAUGAAAAAAGCUGAGUUCU